CUCGUGACUACCAGCUGGACGCUGACCCGGCCGCGGGGCACUAAGACAAUCAGUAGGAUUUCUUUCCUCCACCCCCCCUGAGCAAUAUGAGCAUCUCAACCAUCUCUCAACGACGGGUCAACGUUCCACAGAGCUCCAGGUUUCUGAGCCGCAGCGAAUAGCAGCUCGAUCUCCACGUUUGGUCUUCUAUCUUUGCAACUCUGCAAAGACACCGUCGUCUCCGUCUCUCGGCUUCGUCCCCCACAGCACUGCGCCCGAGUGGCGUUACACGCAGCCUGUCGGUUUAUAAAGCUCGAGAAGAGUAGUCGCUCUGCCACAAAUUUCCUAAAGAAAGGGGGAGUUUUGCCUCUGAAGGACUACUCGUAAACGAUGAAACCGGAACGCUCCAGUGCUGAGCAUGGACGAAAUUCUACCAUCGUACGAGACUGCUGUCGCCAGAGAUGCCUGGGUAAUCAUCGCCCACUCUAUCCCAUCCAGAGACCUCUGUGCAGUCUCGCUGGUGUGUCGACGAUGGCACCAGCUAUUUAUUCCGUUUCUGUGGGGGGAUCCGGCGUCACAUUUUGGAACAGAUAAUGAUGCCGUCUACGUUGCGUUGACGCGCUUUAGGAGGACCCUGAGGUAUGCACGACUGGAGGUGCGCAUGCUGACCCAUACGCUUCACCUGCCCCCUGCACUCUCUGAGAUCUAUGGCGGGCCACGACCAGAAUGGUUGAGGGAGGUCCUGGAGUAUCUGCCUUGUCUGCAAUCCCUAAUGGUGUCUGAACUCCCAUUCUUCGACCACAAUUCUAUGGUUGCGUUGAAGAGUCCCCAGAGAAAUUCCCGCUCUGUAGAGCCCGGGGAUGAUCCCCAGACGUACAACAUUCGAUUACUCCUAGCAGAACGGGAACCAAACACGACGUCACAAGGGUUGGCAGAGGCUUUGAUUCGAUUCCCUCUGUUGAUUUACCUUGAUUUGUCUUUUACCAAGCCAGCUCGCGAUCUCCUAGUGCUGGCGUCCUUGUCACAGCUCACGAACCUUCAAGUCCUGAAACUGCGUGGGCUAGGCUUGAAAGACAACGACGCAGAGUUCUUGGCGAAUGCGAUUGGCACCAGGGUGCGUUUCUUAGACUUGAGAGAUAACCUUCUCACAGACAUGGCUGUACGGUCUCUGUUACAGGCUUCUUUUCUAUCUCCCAACGCCCCUCGUGACCCUGGCUCUGGCUCUCAGUUCGCUCUUACGUCUUCUCCUUCGGACCUCUUGAGACGUCCAAGUUUGGAUGAAGCCUUUCUGAAGAUCUUGACGCAACCAGUCACAGGUCGUUUGAUGGUUGAGGAUUUACCCCAUGUGGGUAUCACCCACUUGUACAUUUCCGGCAACCACCUCUCUGUGGAAGGAGCGGCAAGUCUGUUAGCUUCAACUAGACUCCAUGUCCUGGAUGUUGGAACCGUUGAUACCGCCAAUGUUAUCAACAAAGGACCUCGAGCAGCCCAUUCCACAGAUUCUCACAGACUACCGGGAGCCGAGAAACUAAUCCCCAUCCUUGGUUCAAGUGCGAAGGACAACCUGACUUAUUUACGAGCCCAUCAUGCAGUUGUUACAGUCGAUGCUCCUGCUACCACGACCACUUCCUCGAAUGAUCUGCUGCCUGAGCUCUCGGGUGCUCUUACCCACACGGAGCUUAAUGCGUCACACGACGCUGAGUUGGACGCUGCUCAGGAAAUCUAUGAGCUUCCAGCGGACACGUUAACGAGAUAUGAGCUGGCUGAUACAUCGAUUGUUGAACCUGCGGCUUCGCCGUCGCCCGCUACACAGGGCUCUCCUCAAAAACCCGCUUUAUGUGAAGACAAGCCACUUCCUAGACGAGGCUCGGUAUUUGCACCGGAAGUAGUUGAACCCAAAGCCAAUGAGGACAGCACUUCUGUUCUUCUUGAUGCUCGGGAAGCGGAACUUGUUUCAUCCCCGCAGAUCACAGAGGGCCCAUUCGCCUCUCUAUCAUCUACCAAGAUCGAUCUUCCUGAAACAACGGCGCAAGCGAGCUCACAACCAGCUAGUGGCGAUCCUCGAAGUCGGCUCAUAAAAGAACUCCUCUCGAAGCGGCCCAAGAGGCAGGGUCCUCCGCUACGACAUAAUAACAAAGAUAACAUGCUCCUGCACUUUCACCCUUCCUAUCUUCCUCAUCUGGAAACCUUGGUACUGACUGAUGUCCCGUCACAUGUUUCUCGCAAUUCGGGCAUUAUCGACUCUAUCAUCUUGUUCAUUACUGCAUGCUCCAACGAGGCGUUGCUGGCGACUCUUCAAGCAGGAUCAGACUACUCGCUGCCACCCGGCCGAGCUCGACUAAAGGCUGAGCUGCACCGCGCUCGAACACUGUUUUCUCUGCGUCAUCUAGUGCUUGAAAUCACCCCUACCACGAAGCUUCAAGGACCGUCAAAACUGACUUCAUGGAAACCUCGGAACCAACGCGGGAUCUCUAAAUCAAGCACGGGAGAUCGGGAUUCCGAGAACCUCUGGUCCGCAGCCAUGUCUGAUUUUAGUUUCUUUGGUGAAGAAGAGUGCGGGAUCCCCAGAAACGACCCGGGGAAGUACGUUCCCAUGGCCAUUUUGAACGAAAAGGUCAGCCUUGUGUCCGACACGGAAUCCACCCACUCUGGCAUGUCAAACUCAGACUUCCCUUCGAGUCCCCAGUCACCGGGCCAUCAUCAACGCCAGCCAAACCAGAAUACAUCUCAGCGGAGCCAUAGGCGAGAGACAGUAACAUCUAUGCCUGCAUCGUCAUCGAUGGGGUCCUUGGCUGAUUUUAGCGUCUUGGAUGGUACUGCUGCCGGUACUGCUGUUCCCGAUGAUGAAGUUGCCGACAUUGACCUGGUCGCUGAGCUAGCGGCGUUUCGACGCCGGAAGAAAGCCGAAUUCGAAAGUCUGGUACAGGCAGACCGGAGGAGGCGCAGCGCCAUGGAGGCAUCGUCGGCGAGUCCGUCGACCUUGACCCUGCUUUCACCGACACCGACCUCGCCGUCGUUCUCGUCGCCGUGGCGGUCUCCAUCUCCGUCGCCAGGGCUGACAAAAGGAUCGGUGCCUCCUUACAUCGAGGGCCACUGGAGGGGCGAAGUGAAGAUUGUGCGGAAUGCGGCUCCCAAGGGAAGAAGCGGGGUGGUGGAUAUGUAUGGGAAUUAUUUCGAGAAGGGGUAUCUAUAUCCUUAGGGUGUAUAUGUAUAUAGGAUAAAAUAUAGUCAGUUGCCGAGGCGCCAAUACCAGUAUACCAGAG